GCUAUAAAACCUCCAAGUCAUAACAUAUUCUAAUAGAUAAGUUCCAAACCAGUACAUAAUAAUGAGUUCCAACAGCCUGCGGAAGAGAAUAGCAUUUCGGAGAGAGCUUCGUAUUCUUCGUGCCCUUAAUACCGCCAAAUCUCAUGCCAAGAGAAAGUCCGUAGUCAUGGAUGCCUUGUCUUACAUUUACUUGAUGAAACUCAAAGUGGAAGCAAUUCAAAAGGAGUACUCAAAUCUUGUGGCCAUCAAAGAGAAUAAGAAAAUCAUGAACCAAAAGGAAGUGAAAGUGGAGAAAACAGAGGAAGGAUUUAUGAAUGUGAGGGUGAGAUGUGAGAAAGGAGAAGAUACAUUAGUCUCAGUUCUUGAAGCCUUUGAGAAUAUUGGUCUUCAGGUUUUGCAAGCAAGAGUUUCAUGCACCAAUGGCUUAUUUUACAUGGAAGCUACUACAAUUUCUACAAAUGUUGUUUCUGAUCAAAACCGAGCCCACCUCGAUGCAAGAAACGUUACUCGAGUUAUUAGUAAUGCCAUUGAGAAGAAAUGAGAAUCUUUCUGCUGGUUAAACAAGGCAUAGCUUUGUUAAUUAUUGCUUCUUUCCACUUGUUGCUUUGGUUUGAAAUGGGUUUGAAAAUGUCAUUAUGUUGGAAUAUUAUUAUUAUGUAUCUAUAAUUUAAUUGUUUUAAUUAAUAAUUAGGUGUGUUGAUACUUAUGGAAUUAAUUAUGAAUUUUUAAGCAUAAUAAAACUUGACUGACGGGCAU